AUGGAAACUAAAAUUGAAGAACUUAUUAGCUCUGUUGAAUUUAUGGGUAAGCACGAGGUCUCGUCACUUAAACUCAAAAUCGAUAAUAUUGAACAAUUCAAUCUAAAUAAACACAUCGAUAUAACUGGAAUACCACAAACCACAAAUGAAAAUUGUUCUGAAAUUGUUAAACAAAUUGGACUAAAAACAAAUACUACUAUCAACGUCAUAGAAGCAAAAAGAAUAUACAUCAGCAAUUCCCAGAACAGUAUCAUUGUUGCCAAGCUCGAAACUACUGAGAUGAAAAGAACCCUUAUACGCAAUAGCAAAAUUUCCAAACUCUCGGCAAAUAAUAUUCUUAGUACUUGGUCUAAUGAAAACAAAGUGUACGUCAAUGAAAGACUUACGAAAGACCGUCGAACUCUAUUUGGGCAGGCAAGAAGAACUGGAAAAGAUAAACAGUUCAAAUUCAUAUGGGUCAACAACGGAGACAUUCUCAUGAAAAAAGAUGAAAGCUCAAAAACAAUCCGUAUAAGUACACAACAAGACCUAGAAAAAGUGUAA